CAAUUGAAUUCUAAAUACGACAGCGAAUGUUCGGUUAUGGAGAUCGGAAGAAGAGGUUCUCGCCGCCCAGCUCCGCCACCACGCGACGCGAGAGAGCGCGAUCUGCCCCUGCUUCCUUCCCUGAUCUAGAUCUCUUCCUUCGUCGGUCGGAGGACCUUGUUGGGUGCGAUCUUGAGGCGGAAUAAGUGGAGAGAAGGCGGAGGGAGAUGUUCAAGCUGCAUCGCCACAGGUCCAACCGACUCGAGGAGAAGGCCCGGUUCAUGUUCUCCAGCCUUCAGGCUAUCAAGGUACCGAGAGGAUGGGACCGACUCGUGCUCUCCCUAAUUUCAAUGGAGUCUGGGAAAGUUCUUGCUAAAACUGGCAAAGCUACAGUAAGAAGUGGGAAUUGUCAGUGGACUGAUGCAGAGACUCUAUGGGUGUCUCAAGAUGAUGCAUCCCAAGACCUUGAAAAAUGCCAAUUUAAGAUCCUUGUUUCCCUGGCUUCUUCCCGAGCUACUAUUCUUGGUGAGGUUAUCUUAAGACUAGCAGACUAUAUGGGCAAAGAAGAUUCUGGUCUUCUCUUCCUUCCUUUGAAGAAGUGUGAUGCUGGUACUACUUUACAGGUUAAGAUUCAUUAUUCUUCCCCAAAAUCAAAAUUAAGAGUCGGGCAAUCUUGGAAAGAAAUGGAUCUAUAUCCCAAACAUCAAAGUAAUACUGAUGAUAUAGAUGGCAAAUCACAUGGAUCUGACCAUAGAUUCAAUAGUAGUGUUAGGGAUCCAAGUAAUCAAUUGAGCAAUACUUAUCCAGAGGAAACUGAAGAUAUGGAUACCUACUUCUCAGCAUCAGGGUCGCAUCGUAGUACUGAUUCAGGGAAUAGCUUUGGCAGGAAAGAUUCUUCCCCUAAAAACAGCUUUAAUGGGAAUGGGGGGAAAUGUGCCGGAAUGCAAGAUUCAACAGGUUCCCACAUUAGUCCAACUAAUGGUGCAAGUCCUAUGCAAGAACUUAUAGGAUCAAACCCAUCAUCGUUCAACUCUAGGUCCUCAGGUUCCUCAGUACACAAUAGUAUGACCUCAUGGAUGUCGAAUGAUCGAUUUACGGCACCAUCACCGAAGCAAUCUGAUUCUUCAAAAGAACUUGUUGAAGCUGCUGAAGAAGAAAUAGAGGAACUCCAUGAUGAAGUUAAGAUGUGGGAGAGACAUUCUAGGCGAUUGAAGCUUGAUCUCGAGAAUUUAAAGAAGGAAAUAUCUGAUAAAUCUAAGCAUCAAACAAACCUGGAUAGGCAACUUUCAGCUGCAUACAGUGAAUGUGAUUCUUUGAGGUUAGAAGUUGAACAACUGAAAGCUGCACUACAUAAGUUGACGUUGAAAGAUUCAGAUGUUGGAGUUAAGAAAAGUGAAGGUAUGCAUUAUGUACAGACGGAGCUGGAGGAUGAGCUGAAAUUUCAGAAAGACACCAAUUAUGAUUUAACUCAACAGUUGAGGAAAACACAAGAAUCAAACAUUGAGCUUGUCUCCAUCCUUCAGGAAUUAGAAGAGAUGAUAGAGAAACAGAGGUUGGAGAUAGCUGACCAGUCACAAAAAAACCACAUAGAUGAAGACGAACAACUCAAGAAUAAAAAUUCUCUAGAUAAUCAGGUUGAAUGGGAGAGAAAACUAGCACAGAAAGAAGAUCAAAUUCUUAUGCUGGAGGAAAGGUUAUCCAACAUUGUGAAGAAUCAGGGGCACAAUGGAAGCUAUUCUGAUUAUGAAAUACGUGAAAUUGAGGUCCUUAAAGCUAAAAUAAAUGAUCUAGAGAGGGAUUGCACUGAGCUUACUGAUGAAAACCUAGAUCUUAUUUUUAAGUUGAAGGAAUUAAGCAAGGAUACUUCAAAGGAGCCUCAAAAUAUAGAAAAGAAAACCAAACCCAACGGUAUUAAUGUAGAUGAACUUCAGUCUCAAUUGUUGCUAAGGGAACAAGAGAGAGAUAGACUCCAACAGUCUAACUGGGAAUUAGAAGAUCUUAUUUCCACUAUCCAGAAGGAGAAAUCUCAAGUGGAAGAAGAGUUGGUUUCUGUGCGUAAAGAAUGUAUAGAUACUAUAAAACACUUGCAAGAUGUGGAGCAUGAUUUGGAAGUGCUUAGGGGUAGCAUGGAAUUUCAUUCUUCUGCUGAUGAGACUCUUGAAAGAAGGUUGGCAGAGCUCGAAAGAAACAAAACGGAGUUAGAAUUGUACAUAACUCAGAUAGAACAGGAAAAUGUUGAGCUAUCAGAAAUUGUUUCUGGUUUAGAAGCCCAGUUUAGACACGUAACUAAUGAGAAAGAAUCUGUCCGAUUGGAACUAGAAGACACAAGCUCACUUACUGCUAAUUUGAAGAAUGAAGUUGAACAUCAAACAGUGGAAGUGGAGAUGAAGAAAGCAGAACUAAAACAGAAACUACAAGAGACAGAGAACCACUUAUCAGAAGUGUUAGAGGGUUCUGAUCUUUUAAGUCAAUCAAACUCAAAACUGCAGGCUACCAUUGAAAGUCUUACUGAAGAGUGCAGUUCUCUUCACAAACUAACUGAAAAGUUAAAGAGUCAGGACCUAGAGUCGCAUCUACAGGUUACACUUCUCGAGAUUGAAUUGGAUGAAAAGAGAUAUGAUUUCUAUAAGCAAGUUGAACUGUUAGAACUGAAGCUUGCUUCGAUUCAAACAGGCACUGAAUCAAAGGAGAAAUCACUGCUGUCCCAACUCGACCAAAUUUUGGAAGAACACAAGGAGCAUGGAGAAAGAAUAGCAAAGGCACUCAUUUUAUUAAACAAGAUUGAAUUAGAGAAAGCAAUUGAAGUGGAAAAUCUUGAGAAAGAGAUAUCUAACCUUGCUGCACAAAAGUCCUCAAAUUUUGGUGACCUAGAAAAAAUAGCAUCAGAUGAAGUGCAUGAAGCGUCUGUCCUCCGUUCUGAUAAAGCUAAACUUGAAUGGAAUCUUCAAGAAGCCAAUUCAAAAAUAAAGCUUUAUGAGACUGACUUGCAGAAUUUCCGUCAAGAGUCUGAGAAUAAGAUUGCAGGAUUAAUAGAUUUACUUAAUGCGUCCAAACAGAGUGAGGAAACGCUAAUGGCUGAUAUAGAGCACAUUCAUCAAGCAAUUGAAAGUGUUAAGUACAGUGAAGAGAAAUAUAUAAAUAUGGAGAAUGAAGGAGAAUUGAAUAUUAAAGCUUCUCAAGCAGUUGAAGUGAUUCCCCCUUCAACGGUUGAAGUGAAAAAAUUAAUUCAUCUUCGGAAUUCAAUAUUAGGCCUUAAAAACUCUUUUGAUGAUGCCAACUCUGAAAAGCAGAAGUUGGUAGGUCUAUUGAAGUCAUUGUCUGAAGAAUAUGAAGAACUGAAGGGAGAGAAAGAGUCCUUGACGGAGAGAGUGGCUAAUAUGCUAAAGGCUAUAUCUAACAGUGAAGAGGAUAGGCACAACAGGAUGGUCUUGGAAGAAAAAAUUUUGCGAUUAGAAAAUGACUUGCUGCUAAAAGAAGCAUCAUGCUCUCAGGAGGCAGAGUUGAAGAACAAACUUAAUCUGUUGAAACAGACAAAUAGUGAAUACGAAAGAAAGAUUGAAAGUCUUGAGCGGGAGAAUCAUGAGCUGAUGAAUAAAAUUCAGACAGUGGAGAAGGAACUCAUGCUGCCAAGAACAUCCCUUCGGCAGGAGAAAGAAGUUAAUCAUGGUCCAGAGAUUUCAACUGAAGCUGAAACUCAGGAUGUGGAGGCAAAUAGAAAGGAUCAAAUACAACUUAAAAGAGCGAUCACAGAGAAGCAAGCUGGCCAACUGGACAUUCCUGACAAAAAUGUAAAUGCCGACUUUGAAAGAAUAGCAUCUUUAGAAACGGAGCUAAGGGAGAUGAGAGAGCGGUACCUUAACGUUAGCCUCCAAUAUGCUCAAGUGGAAGCUCAGCGUGAAGAACUAGUAAUGCAGCUUAAAUCUGUGAAAAAGGAGAAGAGGUGGUUCUCAUGAAACUGGUUCAAAUUCUUUUCCUUGUAGUUUAUAAUUUUUUUUUUUUUUUUUUUUUUUUUUGCUAUCAUUCAUUUGAUCAUUUCUUCCUCAAAUUAUCACAAGAAUGUGAGUAGUAUCUGGGAGAAAAAAAUAAAUAGUCUUUCUGUUUACUGCAAAAACUUUAUACUUGAAAUGCCAUAAUUUGUACAAUGCA